AUGACAAAACCGCGUCCCCUAACCGCCAUUGUGGCCGCGACACUCGACAAUGGCAUCGGCCGCGACGGCGGCUUGCCAUGGCGUCUGCCGGGUGAGAUCAAGUACUUUGCAAGGGUCACCACUGGCGAGCCGUCGGGUGGCCGGAACGCCGUCCUUAUGGGCCGACGGACUUGGGAUGGUAUACCACCUAAAUUCCGCCCCUUGAAGGACAGGUAUAACCUCGUCAUCUCAAGGACGCCCCAAGUCGUCGAAAAAGCCAACCUUACAACAGCGCAUGCGAGCUUUGAAGAUGCCCUCGCCUCUGUUCCGGGGGAUACGCAUCGCGUGUUCCUCAUCGGUGGGGCGACACUGUAUAAUGCCGCGUUACCUAGCCAUGUCGACCGCGUACUCCUCACUCGCGUGCUUGAGCGGUUACCGUGCGACGUCUUCCUCUCCGACUUUACUGCUCUCCCUGGAUGGCGGUUGACGAGUCAUGACGAGCUGCGGCAGUGGGUGGGGUGGGAGGUGCCAGAGGGCGAGGUCGAGGAGAAGGGGAUUAGAUAUCGUUACGAGAUGUGGGUCAAGGAGUAA